GUACCUUGGGCAGAAGAUGGGUCUCAAUCCACUAACCCCAACAACGGCUGCAGUGCGCGCCAUGUGUACCUGCUGUAGUACCGUCACAGGGGUUAGGCGAGCUGGAAAAGCCAUAGCCCCAGUACAUCCAGCGUACGGGCGGAGUACUCUCUGCCAACAAAAUGUUCCGAAGCCACCAACCUACUUUAAGCAAAGGCCAGGCCAAAGGCCAUAGGCCACAAGCUUGGCCAGGU